AUGCUAUGGCGGCUGAUGGCCGCCCGUGGCUAUGAAAAUCGAAACCAAGAAGCGCAGAGAAACUUACAGAAGGUGCCUGAUCAAAGCAUUCCAAUUAUUCCAAUCCUCACGCCUGCAGACUCGGAAUGGAAAUAUAUAUCGCCCACUUUUCAUUAUGCAGGAACUGAUCCUGUCGCAGAACGCUUUGCAAAUAAUGUAUCAUCUUCUUCUAAUACCUCUGUUUGUCACUCGGAUAUAUCCAUAAACCCUAGGCUCAAAGACGCUAGGCUCAAGCUUAAAAUGGAUAUCCUAAGACUUAUAAGACCAUUACUGAAGAAUCAUGAUCAAACGCAGGUGAUAAAAUUAAGGCUGAUGUUCGACCAUUUACAAGUUGGGAUAGCAGGAACAGAUUAUCGAAUCGAAAGAUUAAGAGCUGAAAAUUUGAGGAUUGAAAGAUUGAGGAUUGAACGAGAAGAAUUAGAUAUGGAAUUGAGGGAAGCGAGAGCCCAUUUAGCAUCGAUAGACGCAAAUUUGGCCUCUGACGAGAUGGACGACGGCGAAUUGAGCGAGGACGAAUUGGGCGAGGACGAAAUGGACGAGGAAGAAAUGAAUGGGGACGAUGUAUCGGGUGAGCAUGGGAGGGAAGAGAAUGAGAAGGGAGAGGACGAAUCGGAGGGGGAAAUAGAGGAUCACAGAAUUGAUGGUUACGAAAACAAAGAGGGUGAAGCAUUGGACGAGAUGGAAGACAAAAAAGUAGAUAAGUAUGAAACGGAGGGUCACCGAACGAAGAAGCAUACCAGGGAUGAGAACCAUGGAAGGGAAAAAGAAGAUGAUAAGAGAGAAAUCCUUGUUAGUUCACAUAGGGAAGCCAUUCGGAAAGAAUUGGAUGAAGAACUCGAGAAAACAUUUAGGAAUAACUGGGAAUUCGAUUUGCAGGGAAAAAAGGACGGACAUUCGUUCAAAAAGCGGAAAUUCUAG